UCAAAAGUUAUAAAACACUUAUAAAUCAUCCUUCUCCUCCUCCUCAUCAUAGGUCACUACGAAGGGUUUCUUUCACUUUUGAGUUGGUUGUGAAGAAGAAAUAAAUUCAAUCACACUCUUGUUGGAUCAACACAUCCACUUGAUGAAUCAAUCGCACCAUCAGAUUCAAUCAUCAACUUCAAACGCUUUCAUCUCACACAAUUGAUCCAGCAAUAGGGCUCCAAUUUCACGAGAUCAGGUUUCUGGAUCGAUCUCGUCACAAUUAUGCUUUCGAAUCAACUUCAGAACGGCGUCGAGACCGCCAAACUGAUCUGGUCUCGGCUGCCCAACGCCGAAGAUGGCAGUGACGCUGAGGGUGAUGAGGAUGGGGUUUUGAGAAGCGAGGGUUUUGAUGCUGUUGAGAGUCUUGAUUAUGAAGUUAUCGAGAAUUACGCCUAUCGCCAAGAACAGGCGCGAAGAGGAAAGCUAUAUGUUUGGUACAACGUGGGGGUGAAGUGGUUCUUUGCUUUGCUAAUUGGCAUAGGCACUGGAUUAGCUGCUGUCCUCAUCAAUAUAUCUGUCGAGAAUUUUGCUGGAUGGAAGUACUCAUUGACUUUUAAGAUAAUUCAGACAUCUUAUGUGGCUGGUUUCAUAGUAUACACAUUGUUCAAUUUGGCUUUAGUCUUUUCGUCAGUUUAUAUCGUUACACAAUUUGCUCCAGCAGCUGCUGGAUCUGGGAUACCUGAAAUCAAGGGAUAUUUGAAUGGGAUUGACACUCGUGGUAUCCUUCUUUUUAGAACCCUGAUAGGAAAGAUUUCUGGAAGCAUUGGAUCUGUUGGUGGUGGGCUUGCACUUGGUAAAGAAGGGCCGCUAGUUCAUACUGGUGCUUGUAUUGCAUCCUUACUUGGACAAGGUGGGUCCACUAAAUAUCAUCUGAGUUCUAGGUGGCUACAGAUCUUUAAGAGCGAUCGUGAUCGCCGUGAUCUUGUAACAUGUGGAUGUGCAGCUGGUGUGGCUGCUGCCUUUAGAGCUCCAGUUGGCGGUGUAUUAUUUGCUCUAGAGGAAGUUACAUCUUGGUGGAGGAGUCAGCUGAUGUGGCGUGUUUUCUUCACAUCUGCAGUAGUGGCGGUAGUAGUGCGUACUGCUAUGGGGUGGUGUAAGAGUGGCAAGUGUGGGCAUUUCGGUUCUGGAGGUUUCAUUAUAUGGGACGUUUCAGAUGGUCAAGAGGACUACUCAUUUGCAGAACUGUUACCAAUGGCCAUUAUUGGUGUCAUAGGCGGUCUUCUUGGAGCAUUAUUUAACCAGCUGACACUAUAUAUAACACAUUGGCGUCGAAAUUAUCUACACAAGAAAGGAAACCGAGUCAAAAUAAUUGAAGCAUGUCUAAUCUCGGUGAUGACUUCAGUAAUAUCAUUUGGAUUGCCUCUUUUUAGAAAAUGUAGUGCAUGUCCAGACUCAGAUAGCAGUAUUGAAUGUCCUCGUCGACCUGGGACAUACGGGAAUUACGUUAAUUUUUUUUGUAGCAACAGCAAUGAAUACAAUGACCUUGCAACUAUCUUCUUUAAUACUCAGGAUGAUGCCAUUAGGAAUCUUUUCAGUGCAAAAACCAUUCACGAGUACAGUGCACAGAGCUUGCUCACCUUUUUGGUUAUGUUCUAUAGCUUAGCUGUGGUGACAUUUGGUACUGCUGUUCCAGCUGGGCAGUUUGUUCCUGGUAUAAUGAUUGGAUCUACGUAUGGUCGCCUUGUUGGCAUGUUCGUUGUUAAACUCUCCCAAAAAACCAACAUUGAAGAAGGAACGUAUGCUUUACUUGGAGCUGCUUCAUUUCUUGGAGGGUCAAUGCGAAUGACAGUUUCCCUAUGUGUUAUUAUGGUUGAAAUUACUAAUAAUCUAAAGCUUUUACCUCUUAUCAUGCUUGUUCUUCUCAUAUCAAAGGCUGUUGGUGAUGCUUUCAAUGAAGGGUUAUAUGAAGAACAGGCUAGAUUGAGGGGUAUUCCUUUACUUGAAUCCCGGCCCAAAAAUUUGAUGAGAAAAAUGACCGCAAAAGAAGCUUGCGGGAAUCAAAAGGUUUCUUACUUUACUCGUGUGGUCAAAGUUGCUGAUGUGGCGAACAUUCUGAGGACUAAUAAUCACAAUGGCUUCCCUGUUGUGGAUCAGCCACGAAACGGAGAAACAAUUGUCAUUGGUCUUAUCUUGCGCAGUCACUUAUUGGUACUUCUUCAGUCGAAGGCAGAUUUUCAGCAUAGCCCUCUUGCAGUUGAUAUGAGAAGCCAAUCUAUACCAAUCAGACACAAUCUUGGUGACUUUGUGAAGCCUGUUACUAGUAAAGGAUUAUCAAUAAAUGAUAUCCAUUUAAGUCCUGAUGAUUUGGAAAUGUACAUAGAUCUUGCCCCAUUUGUGAAUCCAUCACCGUACGUUGUCCCCGAAGAUAUGUCAUUAACAAAGGUUUAUAAUCUAUUCCGUCAGUUAGGUUUGAGGCAUAUAUUUGUAGUUCCACGUGCAUCCCGUGUGAUUGGCAUGAUCACCAGAAAGGACUUGUUAUUUGAGGAUAAUGAGGAUUCAGGUUCUGUAGAGCUCCAGUCAACUAGUGUAAGGGGUGAAGAACGAGCAGGUAGUAGAGUGAGAAGACGGAACUCUGAAGUUGGGUCUCCUCUACUAAAUGGUCUUCUUGAGUAGCAGUAGAGUAGCUAAGUAUUAUUUGAACAGAAUCUAAUCACUUCAAUUCUUUUUGGAUAUGUUGUUUGUAUAUAUGAUGGGUUUUAUAACCAUAUCUACAAUCAUAUAAAUUUAGGUUAGGCAGAAUAAACAGACUUGAGGGCUAUAAGGAUAGAUUUUGUUUCAAGAAUGUUUUGACAGGAUUUUGUCGAUCGACGUUUGUAUUAACGAAUCUUUGUUGGUGGGUGUUCGCGGAAUGACAAGUAAUGAUUCCUUUUGUUUUUGUUAA